AUGUCCGCUCGGGCUCCGCGUCCCAGCGUUGAUGGACCUGCCCUUCGGCGCGCCACCAGAAGCAGAGCCAGCACAAGUGCUGCUGCUCUAGCUGGACUCGCCACCCAGGAGACACUCCUGCAGCGCAUUGAGCUGCUGGAGAACACCGCUGCCAUCAACCUGCGCCGCCAUGCAGCAGACAGCCAAGCCGUCAAGGAUCGAGCCGCGGCUGCUGUCAAGAGGGCCAAAGAAGAGCAGAGAGAGGCAGAGGAGCAGGCUUCCGCCUGGAAACAGCAAGCUGAAGAGUUCAAGGCACGAGCCGAGAACUUGGAGAGCAAGCUGGCGGAGCUGGUUCGUAGAGCUCGGGAAGGCCAGGUCGAUGCACAAUGCCGCUUCGCUGCCAUCGAGCAGAUAGCUGUGGACGCUAAUUGGCGACCGCAGGGCAAAAAGCGAGCAAGGCAAGACGACGAGGACGCCGCUGGGCCUUCGACCCAAAAACAAAGCCGAGUGCAGGGAUUGCUGCCAUUCCUAGCACGCGCCUACGACUUCUCUUGGCGGCUGACCCCAGAGUGUUCACAGCGGUGCUGUCUGGCGAUGAAGGCAGACAUCAUCUGCUCCCGUACAGGCCCUUUGCUGACUCAAAUCCUCUGCAUUUUUUCGGCGAUCUGGGCUUGGAAUUCAAGCUCUUCUGGCCCCUCUCGCCCCUCGCGAGGCAACCGUGGACAGCCGGUGACAGAAUACUAUACCAAGACGUUCGUACGAGAGACCAACAACAAUGAAGGAGCAAGUGGGUCUGGACGGCCGGGGACAGGGAGCUGA